AUGAUCAAAGAGGUGGCCGGCUGGAAGGACAUGACCGAGGAUUUGCGCUUUCAAUUCGUCAGGAAAGCCUCGCCAUCCUGUCAAGAAUGCUGUCAACUGCAGUACCAGAUCUUCCAUGACAGUUGGUUGAACCAUGUCUUUGGUGAGCACUAG